AUGGUCUUCUCAACUUCUGCCUUGGGCAUCUUCAAAUCCUCAAGAUCUGCCUUCCCAAAAAUCUCUCCAAAACUAUUCAGAACUUCCUUCUCCAACUACGUCAACCCUCUCCCCCAAAAGACCUUCAUUCCAACCAUUCCCCAACCCCCAGGCUACAUUGUUGGAACUGUUAAUGACGCAUACAUCCCUCCUCCUGCCGACCCAUUCGAGGGCUCAAGACACUGGACCAUCGAAAGACUCUUGGGCAUAGGCUUGGUUCCUCUAACCAUCGCUCCCUUUGCUACCGGCUCUCUCUCCCCCAUCGCUGACUCCAUAUUGUCCAUCAUAUUGCUUGUCCACUGCCACGCAGGUUUCACCAGUUGUAUCAUCGAUUAUAUCCCAAGAAGAGUCUACGGAAAACUACACUACACUGCUUUAAGAUUGCUAAGUCUAGGUUCCCUAGUCAGUUUGGUAGGAAUCUACGAAAUGGAAGUUCACGAUAUUGGUUUCACUUCCAUUUUCAUGAAACUCUGGUUUCCCUGA